AUGCUCCGCGAGAGAGAGUGGAAGGAUGCAACCAUCAAGGUGCUGUACAAGAAGGGUGACCGGUCCAACUGUAACAACUACAGGGGGAUUUCGCUACUAUCUCACGUAGGCAAGGUCCCCAUCAAGAUCAUCACCAACCGUCUAAGCGCCUUCUGCGAAGCCAACAACAUCCUCCCGGAGGAACAGUGCGGAUUUCGACACGGGCGAUCCACCGUCGACAUGCUGUUCGUCGUGCGCCACCUCCAGGAGCUGGGUCGGAGAAAGAAAAUACCGCUCUACAUGUGCUUCGUCGACUUGAACAAGGCCUGA